AUGCGUCGGUUCAUCGUCGACAUCAUGCAAAAGCAAGGUGUAGUUGCAUCGCAUGCCGAACAACUGGCUGAUGUGCUGGUCGAGGCCGAUGUCCGUGGCCAUUACAGUCACGGAUUGAAUCGAUUGGAUAUGUAUGUAGGGGAUUGCCGAAAGAAAGGUGAAAAAGCAGGAUCAGCUUGGGUGGACGGCAAUAGUUUACUGGGUCCUGUAGUAGGUAAUUUCUGCAUGGAUCUCGCUGUCAAGAAGGCCAAGGAGGCUGGCGUUGGCUGGGUCGUUUGUAAAGGCUCGAACCAUUUCGGUAUAGCUGGAUGGUAUGUACUGAGGGCCAUGAAGCAAGGUUGCAUGGCAAUGUCUUUCACUAAUACCUCGCCUGUGAUGUAUCCAACGAGGGCUGCGAAGCCUGCUCUGGGUACGAAUCCCGUUGUUGAAAUCGCGAAGCGAAAAGGCCUUCAAGUGCCGAAUACAUGGGGAGUCGCUCAGGGAGGAACGGUCAGUCACAAUCCCGACGAAAUUCUCUAUGGAGGAGGUCUUUUGCCACUCGGUGGCAAUGAGAUAUGU